UCGAGUCCGGAUCAUAAGAAGUCGCUCCGUGCCAUGACCAGCUACAUAGAUUUUGCUCAAUAAGUCUGCAAUCGCAAAAACGCCAACAUUUCUUUACCGGGUCCGUAGUCAAAAUAUGAAUGAAGUCCACCUGCUUUAAUUUCCAGGUGAUAGGACUUUUCCUAUUAUCUCUAAUACCAUGGCCUGGACCAACUGUGUUCAAAAUUUCAUGUCCAAGAGACAAUGCAAGAAUCGUACGGAAAAUAAUACAAACCAAAUGGUUGCCAGUGCUGCAAAAGUACAAAGUCAACCUACCGCUCGAGUGUCCGUUUCACCACCAACGUGAGAUAUUUGGGCCGCAGCAGACCGCCAAGCACAAACAUCGGCCCUCGCAAUGGACCUGCGGCCUAUGUGGCAAGUCCUUCUUUGAAGAGAAGUAUCUGGACUUGCACUUCGACAACCGACAUAAGGAUAACAUUAAUAUGGCAGAAGAUGCAGUGUGCCUUGCUGAUUACUGUGACAUUAUGCGAUGUGAUGUUUUAAUUACCCAGGACCCAAAGAUUGUUUAUCCAGAUUCGUCGAUUAAUACUGACAUCGAGAUCUGGCGAGAAGGGUCCGGAUAUUCAAAGGCAUUGGCUGCUACAGGUCCGCGAGAUAUUGCCAAAUACACAGUCAAGUUUUUUGGAUCUGCGAAGCAGAAGAGCGCUAGUAAUAAACAGCAGAAAGUUGAAAAACAGAGGUGCCAGCAUUCAGAGGCACCAGAUGAGUCAUCAAGAGAAGAAAAUUCUCAAAACCGUAGUUUUAAUUCAUGUGGAGACGACCUAGUGGACUCCACAGUACCUGUACCAGACAAUCGCCAACAACGAAUUGUUGAAUUGCAAAAGCUAAAGUCUAAUUGCAAACCUGAGGAAUUAGUCAAAUUAAAGACAAAGUGUGAGAUACUAGUGCGCGACUGCAUUGCCAGCCUGUUAAUUCAGUUGUCCAUUAAAGAUUUCAAGGAAAUUGAAGACGAAUUAAACCGAGCCGUCUGCUGGUACCUGACUUGUGAUCGUUACUGGGAAGAUUCUCAAAGUGAUAUUAGAUCAUUCCCAUGGGGAUUACUUUGUAUGAUAAUCAUGGUUCUAUCGUUAGGGAUUUGCUUAUGUUACUACAUUAUAUGGGUACUCUUUGACUUUUUCAGCACGGAUGACGUGAGUGUGGCGAGCGCUAGCCUCACUGACCGAUCCACCCCCUCACCAGCGCAUCUCCUGCGCCCGGACCCCGGUCAAGGCUAUGACCCCUCGGGGCAUCCGUACACAGAGGAUUUCUAUACCACCGACAAGGAUAACGAGUACAUUUACGUUACCUACCCACCGGAUCUCAAGCGGCGACUCCUUGAAAGUUGCUACAAUAGAACAACUCGCUUAUGAAUUUGUACGUGUAAUACCAACACAAGUUUGCUGAUAACUGACACUUCGUAGCUUUUUCUACGACAUUCUAACGAUAUUCGGAAACGAAAAUAAUAAACUUAACGCGUGACUUCAAGCUAUGCGUUCAUGGCACUUGGUGUAGCGUUGUGUUCAUGAGAGUUGGCCAAGGCAGCCGUAUUAAUGGUUUUCUAGUCAUUUCCAAAAUGUUAAACACAAACUUUGUACAGUGCACUCACUCAUUCUUCAAUUCUUCAUUGUUAUAUUCCUUGUCCUUCUUGUCCAACAAUACACUUUUUAGCUUUAAAACUUUCUUAGACGAUAUUGGAAAGUCGUGUGGUAUAUUGUGCUAUUACAAACAUUUGUACUGACAUAGUUUAAAUUGUAGACUAUUUCUUACUACUUAGCAUCGCAAUCUCGGCGUUGCGAUUAUGAUAUAAUAGCCAAAGAUUUUAGAAGUAAUAAUUUUGAGAUAAGAGUAAUAUUUAUAAUUUCUUCAAUCAUACUUAUAUUUAAAAAAAACGUAUUAUUUUUCUUAUGAUUUUAGAAUUAUAGCGUUUUAAUUUACCACAUCUCAUAGUGAAUUUAAUGGAAAUUUGCAAGUGCUUCAAUGAUAACAAUUGAACUUUGUUUAUAA